AUGACCAACCGUGACCCCGAAUUUCGGCAUCAGCUGGGCAAAUUCCGACUCGAUCCCCUACCGAUUCCCUCUCAUCCUGCAUCUCUGCCUCCUCCGCCGCGUCCUGCUCACCCCAGUUCCGUCCCUUCUCCGCAGUCGCUGCCGCCGCCCUCCGUGCCGCUUCAGCAGCAACAGCCACUCCCAACAGCACCACCGUCGCUCCAACAGUCUCAGCAGCAGCCUCAACCACCCCCUGCCUCAUCGCGAUCCUCCCCAUCACAUACCCCUCACCCUCGCAGUAAACGAGUAUCCACAGCGUGCGAUUUCUGUCGGAAACGGAAAAAGAAAUGUGACUUUCGAUACCCCAACUGCUCCGCGUGUACUCGCGCCGGUGUCCGCUGUACCAUCCCUCCGCCGGGUCCCCAGGUCGCCGCGGCGUCUGUUCCUCGCGAUCAGUUAGAAAAUCUACAAAACCGGGUGAAAUGGCUGGAGGAUCUUUUGCGCCGCAAGACAGGCAUCUCUGUUGGCGACCGGCCCACGGGGACUGCGCUGGAUGGCGAGGGCGAUCCGGACUGGUGGUACCAGGUCCCAGCCUUGCUGAUGACUCGCGGGAGUUCAACACAUUCAACCCCCACGACGACUGCAACCGCGCUGUCCAGCAGCCCUGCUCCUAGUUCCACCGCGGUAGGUACCGAGCUGCCUAACGUAGGCGAAUUGUUUCGCGACCAGUUGGAGCAUCGACGACCCUCCAUCGCGCGUCCGGUAGCAUCCGCUCCGCGCGUGAUCCGGCUCGCCUCGCUGCCAGAGGCGAAAUCAGUGGCAUUGCGAUACUUUGAUAGUUUGGGGUACCAAUAUCCUUUUCUCCAUCGCGAGGAGUUCAUGGCCCAUCUCGAUCGCAUCUAUGCGGGAGAGGUCCCCGCACCGGAGGUUCAUCACUCGUAUCACAUCACCAUCGCCACGGCCUUGUUGAUCGGAUCUGCCGACGAGUCACAGGCCGCCGAGUUCUAUCAUGUUAGCAAUGAGACAAUGACCUUGGCUUUGCAGAAUGAAGAUCUGGCUGCUGUUCGAGCCCUUUUGAGCGUCGCUGUGUAUACAAUGUUUGCGACCACGGGCCCCAGCGUAUGGCACAUCCUCGGGACUACUUUGCGUCUCGCCACCAGUCUCGGUCUGCAUAAAGCCCGUCCAACGGGGAACGUGAUAGAAGAGGAGAUGGCCAAGCGGGCGUUCUGGAGUCUCUACAACCUCGAUCGACUGAUCGCAAGCACUCUUGGAAGGCCACUUGGAAUUGCAGACGAGGAUAUUUCAAUAGGCUUGCCGCGGGAAUUCAAUGACAACUGGACAGAGACACCCGGAGCUAGUGCCAUGACCAUUCCAUUGCAGGUGGUGCGCCUGCGCCGGAUAUUCUCGCGCAUCUACCGCUACUUAUUCAACAACCAACCGCCACCUCCUCCAACAGAGGUUGCCAUCACGCUCAGUCAUUUUCGCCAGGAACUAGACGACUGGCGACAGGAAGCACCGGUGUAUGCGCCCGCGCUUCUGUAUUCGACUAGCUACUACGACUAUCUAUACGCAACGACACUGCUCCUCAUGUACCGGCCUAGUCCGCGUAAUCCGACGCCUGAUGCAACGAGCAUCGUGAGCUGUGGCAAUGCCAGCAUUCAGGUCAUUCGGUCCUACUGGGACAGCUAUUCGCAGGGCAAGCUCAAGUGGAUCUGGUUGACCCUCAGCCAGGUUUACUUUGCCGGCAUCACAAUCCUGUGGUGUCUUAACCAUAAUCUCCAGUCUGUCCGUGAAGGCCGUGGUGCUGCGUGGAAGCCCGAGGAUCAGAGCAUGCGACGGGCCAUCCAGGCAGUAGUUGUUCUGCUGGAGGAAUUUGGCAAGAGACGUCCGGGAGUGGACCGACUGGCGGAGACGUUCCGGAACCAGAGCACGAUGAUCUUCAGCCAUCUGGCAUACCAGCAGGAGCAGGAGCAGCAGCAGCAGCAGCUUCAGCAGCAACAACAACAACAACAACAGCCACAACCACUCCCGCCUCCACCGCAGCCACAGCCACCAAUACCACACCAUCAAACGCUCUUGGAACAGCAGCCGCAGCAACAACCACAACAGCAGCAGCAGCAACAGCAGCAGCAACACAUUUUGGUAGCACCGCCGGUGCCCCUAGCGCCGGUGCUGGAUGACGUUCUCCUGGUCAAUGGAUCGGGGAACGCGCCUUGCUACCCCGCUGUAGAUAAAACCCCCAACAACGCUUAUCUUCUGUCAACCCCUCCACAACAUCAUUAUCAUUCAUCAAUCCUCCCAACUAUCACUGCAACCACUCCCAUCAUGGCUUCUGAACCAUCCAAAGCUCAAGCCUUCCAUGGCACUUUCAUUCACACCCUGAGCUCCAAGCAACUUGAGAUCCUCACCGAGACUUUCAUCCUCCUCUCACCCACUGGAACCAUCCAAGCCAUCCGCCCAUCAACUCCUGCGGCUUCUAUCCCAAAUCUCCUUGCGGAAUACCAUUACUCUGCAUCCACCUGCACGGUGACCAUUCUACAACCUACUGAGUUCUUCAUCCCCGGCUUCAUUGACACGCACACUCAUGCGCCCCAAUGGGCCCAGCGCGGCACGGGGCGGGGAAUCGACCUACUUACCUGGCUGGAGACCAUCACCUUCCGCCACGAAGCCAGACUCGCCGAUCUGGAGUACGCCAAGUCGCUAUAUACUUCCUGUGUCCGCGGCGGGCUCAAACAAGGAAUGACUACCGCCUGCUAUUACGGUUCCCGUCAUGCACCGGCAUCGGUCAUCCUCGCCGAAACCUGCCUCAGCCUAGGCCAGCGCGCGCUGAUCGGAAAGUGCAAUAUGACUCGUCACGCCCCGGACUGGUAUCGAGACGCAUCGGUGGAAGAGUCCCUCCGCGAAACGGAAGACUUCAUUGCUCGGGUUCGGGAACUUGAUCCAACACAUGGACUAGUGACCCCGGUGAUUACACCGCGGUUCGCGAUAUGCUGUGAGGAAGAACUACUGGCUGGGCUUGGGACUGUCGCAGCCCGGAAUCGCGACUUGCCCAUCCAAACCCAUUUCAAUGAGUCGCAGGGAGAGGUGAAUUUCACCAGGCAACUGUUCCCUGAUGAUAAGAGUGAAACGGAACUCUAUGAGCGGCUUGGACUCCUAAAUGACCGGAGCAUUCUUGCUCACUCGAUCUACCUUUCGGAUGCGGAGAUUGAACGUAUGGCGGAGCUGCAGUGUGGGAUCGCUCACUGCCCUAUUCCCAAUGUCACAAUGGAUGAGUUCAUGGUUGCGCCCGUGCGGGAGUAUCUCCGUCGGGAUAUUAAAGUCGGACUAGGUACCGACUGUGGGGGAGGCUAUUCAAGCUCCAUGCUUGAAGUGAUGAAGGCUGCCUUUGUGGUGUCGACGGCACGGUGCACGAUGACGCAAGGACAAGAUCAGCCUUUGAGUCUUACGGAGGGGUUUUAUAUGGCUACUUUGGGCGGAGCGCGGGUAUGCCAACUGCAGGAAAAAGUCGGGAAUUUCAUGGUGGGCAAGGAGUUCGAUGCACUGCUUAUUCGGACACAGGAGGAGGGCGUAAUGGCGCCAGUAGUGGAGGAAGACGGAGUGCCGACGGUGUUUGAAAAGUUCUUGAUGACGGGGGAUGACCGCAAUAUUGGACGAGUGUUUGUGAAGGGACGGGAGGUGCAUACUGCGCGUUGA